AUGAAAUUCUUUUCGUAUUUGUGGUCAGGUGGACGUGGGCCACCAGGUCGCAAACCUGAUCUUUACCUAGAAAGGCCGGAUGGCCUGAAUGAAAGGAUUUGUGAAGAAGACUUGUAUCGAUACACAAAGCAUCGAUGGCUGUUCAACGAAGGGAGCCACCUUUCGCAACGUUACCUGAAAUUUAACCUACAACAACUUAUCAGGGUUGCAAUCGAUUCAUGCGAUGGAGCCCACUACUGCACCAGAGUCACCAAGUGCGCGGAGGGGCUAUACAACAAAGCCUUCAUUUUGGAAAUGAACAAUGGGUCGGAGGUCUUUGCGAAACUCCCAAACCCCAACGCUGGUCCUGCUCAUUUCACUGUUGCCUCCGAGGUCGCUACGCGUGAAUUGCUUCGCCACGUGUUUGAUGUCCCCGUUCCUCGCAUACUUUCGUGGUCUUGCAAUUCUGCAAAUAACUUAGUUGGGGCCGAAUACAUCAUUGAGGAGAGGGCCCCCGGCGUACGACUUGGAUCAGUCUGGAAUCAGUGGCCGCGGGAUCUGAAACUUCAACUCAUCACUCAAGUGGUUGACCUGGAGAAUAAAUUGACGUCCAUUACCUUUGAUGAACACGGUUGCAUUUAUUUUAAAAAGGAUCUGCGCUCUCUUGUUGGGAAAGCAGAAGACAUACACUCCCACUCUGUUGAUGAUGAUGCCCUGAAGGACUUUUGUAUCGGGCCGUUGACCACGAAUGAAUUGUGGAAUGGGACUAGGAGGAACAUGAAGUUGGAUCGUGGUCCUUGGAAGCAUCCAUGCGAAUACACUCGUGCAAUGGGUCUUAAUGAGAUGGCCUGGAUCAAGUCCCAUGCACGUCCUCGAAUGAACUAUUACCGGUCGAACCAGAAUAGAGAACCUCCUGCAGAUGGUGUUACGCUUUUAGAGAAAUACGUGGAUGUAUCACCCUACCUUAUCCCCGAUCCAAACGACAAAACAUCAGCUUCCAACGUUCUGUGGCAUCCGGAUCUUCACCUGGAUAACGUUUUCGUGGAUCCAAAUACAUGCCAAAUCACGCGAGUCGUAGACUGGCAAUCAGCAUGUGUUGCGCCUUUGUUCUACCAAUCUACUGUUCCCAGAUUGUGUAGACAUCCUCGACCUGUUAGGGAAGGCUGGGCCAUCCCUGAGCGACCUGAGGAUUUUGAGAACCUCAGUCAAGAUGAACAGAAGAAAAUCGAUGACGAUUUAGAAAGCGAAACGAUCCACAAAUACUACGAGGCGCAGGUGUAUAAGCGCGCGCCCCUUCACUGGGCUGUGCUCCAGCAACCAACAAUUCCUAUUAUCCGCAAACCUGUUUGGCUUGUUAGCGGGGUAUGGGAAAACCCCUUCAGUGACGAGGAAAUCAAUCUCCACUUCAAGGAAGAGGAAAACAUCAAAGGAGUUGGGCAGAUGUUGCUGUUGUUCCGAGAGCAAGCUAUUCUCCCUGUGGAUGGGAUGGUUGAAGCGGAAGACUAUGACGUAGCUCGUGAGAAUUGCCGCAAAUUCAAAGAUAUCUUUAUCGGAUUGGCAAAGGAUGAAAACGAAGGGGAGUUGUUUAGAAACCUCUGGCCAUACCAAGAGUCUGGAAGUACCUGA